CUUCGUUUGAUGUGGUGACUGGGUGAUCCACGUGAUACUGUGUGAUACGUGUGAUACCGCAUGUUCCUGCGAUAUUGCAUGAUCUGUCGACCUGGGUGCGCUUUUUCUCAAGCUUGCCGGACGUGCCGUUGGUGGUGAGGCCUGAGGUCACUGGGAGUUAAACAUCAAUGUGGGACGUUUAUUUAUUUCACUAUUCCGUCAACGUCUGAAGUAAUUGCAUUCUCGAGUGAAGUCAGAAGAAUUUGUCAAACAAAAGAUCGUCUCCCUCUGUAGCGCAGAGGUCAAGGACUGCCAAGAGAAUGCGGCGCAUGAGCUGUGCGCGCCCCAAGCGAACGCCAUUUCAAACCCACAAGGCGACGAUGCUGACUUUCCGGAUAAUAUUGCUGGUAGCAGCAAUCAAUGUCAAGACCGUGUCUACUACGAUCAACUGUAAGCUGGCCCAGCAGCUUUGCGAAAAGGACCGCGCCUGUCACUCCAUCACUUCGAUCAUCCCCAGACUCUGCGGCCAAGAACUGGUGUCCUGCUCGACGGUGACGGUCACCAAGUGUCGAGCAGCUCUCAGGACACUGGUGGCGUUUCAGUUCUUCCAGCCCACCUGUCUGUGUAAGGAACCUCGCUUGGAUCCAGAGUGCAACAAGUACAGGAACCUGGUGUUCGACCACCCCUGCUUCAGCGUCAAGCUCAAAGACAAGGACCCGUACCCGGUUCACGCGCUGCCCACAUGUGGGUAUGCCCUUAACGCCUGUCGGCAGCAGCCCGAAUGUUCAAGCGUGUACGAGAAUUACAUCAAGUCGUGUCGCUUCGAAGCAGGCACGUGUCGCAUGGCAAACAGCCCAUCCUGUUUUAAGGCGUGGAAUGACUUGAAACUGAGCCCAGUGUUUGGCUGCAUUUGCCCAAAUCUGCACGAGGCGAACUGUGACAGCAUAUUUGAGACGGUCCACAAGAACCCGUGUGUCGACCGCCUGCCCCGGCACCAGACCAGCACCACCCGGCACCAUUCGCACAUGUGGGCACACCGCCUUCUGCACGCAGCACCAGGCACCCUUUGGGGGCCACUGCCAUCCGUCCCCCGUCCAGGCCCUGCUGACCCCGCCGCCAGCACCAUUCCCAGCACAAGGAUCGUACCACCCGUCCCCCGUCCCCGCCCGGCUGUCCCCGCUCCCGGCAUCCCUGCACGCACCCCCGCUGCAGCCGGCAGCCCCGGCCCUCGGCGGCCGGCCGCCUCGUCACCGUUCAGUGUUUCAGUGGACGGUCUGGGCGGCGCCAACGCCAGCCGACGCCGCGUCGACCCGCUGCUGGUGGCGCCGCUGUUUGACAUGAGCUCUGAGCGGCCGCAGCCGUCCAGCAUGGAGCGGACGCUGCAUGGACACCACUACGAACAGGGGCACAACUCCAUCCCCGGGCGUCAUCAGACUUCCACGCAUCACCACGUGACCGGGGUCACCAGCGUUCCUGGAGACGACGUAUUCCAGUCCUCCUGCCACACCGCUCUGGACAACUGCCUGCAGGACGACUCCUGCAGCGCCCGGCUGGAGCCGGUGCUGGCCGACUGUGACGAGACGGCCUGCAGCCGGCACCUGUGCAUGCAGCGGCUGCAGCAGUUCUACGCUCAGGCCGACAGCGUGCUCGUCAUGGACGCCGCCUUCUGUGUCUGUCGGCGCUCUGCGGACGGCGAGGGCCGCUGCUUGCGUGCCAUGGAGCGGCUGCACCCGACGUGCGCGCGCCAGCCGGAGGGCUACGAGCAGGCGUGCGCUGUGGACGCGCUGACCCAGCGCUGUGCUGGGCCGACGGCCGACUGUCGGCGCGCCCUGCUGGCCGUGCUGGGCACCCAGCUGCACAGCCGCUGCGCCUGCCGUGGCAGCAGCGCCGCCGCCCAGCACAGCUGCCAGGACUGGGAGCGUCUGCUCUGGGCAAACCCCUGUGUCGUGGAGGCACAGCGAGAGUUUCACCAGCAACGGAUGACCAGCCUCGGGCCAGGGGGAGGCGACGACGACGAUCCCAGCGCCCGCCGGACUCCGCCCCCGCCCCCGCCGCCCCCGCAGGCCGAGAGCCCGGCGCACCGUGUCUCCACCGCCGGCACGACCACCACCACCACCACUACCACCACCACGACCACAACUACCACCGUCACCACCACCACCACCACGGCGGCAGCCAUCACGACGGCGCGGCGGCGGCCGCCUGCAGCCCCCGUGCCGACCAGCGCGCCGCCGCCUCGGCCGCCCCACUGCACCGCUCGCAGACAGGGCCACGUGCAGCGGCGCAUCGCAGUGGGCUCCGGCGUGCGGUACUAUGUGCAGGACGAAUCUCCGGACAAGUACCGGGUGCAGAAGGACUGCUCAGAGCUGUGUAUGUGCCACGGCCGCCGCCGGCUCGUCUGCAACGUGCUCGACUGCGUGGAGAAGAAGAGCUGUCAGACAGACCUGGCCGUGUACCCGCACGGCGCGGCCCGACUGCUGCCCUUCAGGGAGGGCUGCAUCUGCCACCACGGAGACUUUGUCUGCAUGAGACCUUCAGCAGAUGAAUACACUUUGCCGUUUGGCGUCUUCUUGUUCUUGGGAUACAGCCGCAAGGACGAGGAGAUUCUUUACCCACACACCCACAAGACGGUGGGGCGAAAUACCAUCCCAGAGCUUGAGCGAAUACUAGAAGUGGUAAUGAGCGAAGCGGGGCGAAAUUUUCAGGAUUGGCCUUGCAAACUGUCCGUGAGGCAGCAUUUUGAAACAUCGGAAAACCUGAUUAUUCAAGCUAAGCUCGACGAGGUUGAGGAAAUGUACAAUCAAAGUUUAAGCCACGCUCUUCUGAAGAGUGAAAAGGUGAAGUGCACCGGUCCUCUGAGGGACAUCAGCCGCAUGGUCAACAACCGCGAGCCGGAGAUCCUCUCGCACCCGCUGCUCUCCGUCUUCAAAAUGGCAGACGUGGAGGUGACAACGCCGGACACGUCGGCCGCCUGCCCGGCCGCCGCCCUGGCCCGCGCGCCGCUGCUCGUCCUCUGCCUGCUCAGCGCGGCCCUCGCGUGACGUCACCGGCGCUGCACAGCCGCUGUCGGCGGCAGGAGCUGAGCGCCGGCUGCCGGAGCAGCGCGCCGGCGCUGCCGCUGUGGCGAACACCCCUGGCUGUGAGAGUGCUUGUGCACCGUCGUCUCGUGCGCUCCCGCUUGGACGAUCCCGCGUCGUCCGCCCGGGGAGAUUGCAGUGCUGAAGACGGGCGAGGCGCAGCGCUCUACUGAGUGUUCAGAGAGGCGAGGGCCUCGGUGCGGCGGCCAGAGGUCAAUCGCGGCAGGACGUGGCCCCUCGCGUGCAUGCAUUUUGUGAGACUACGUCAGUAACCCGCAGAUCCGCAAUCACCAGGGAACUCCUUUGCGCGUGUGAUAUGUGAUAGGCCUAGCCUGUGGUUGAUCCAUGAGCUAGCCCGGGAGCGAAGCAUGUGCGCAUGCGCGUGUGAGACGGUCACGUGGUUCUGGGGGGGGG